CGCUUGCACAUGAGUUGCUGUGAUCGAACUAUAAGAACGACAUAACAUUAUGCUGAGUCUCACUGCUGCUAUAUUUCUUGUGAUAUAUAUUACUGUUGUGGCUGGAAACGCCUCAACUGAAGUUAUUCUCACAUGUAAAGAAACAGGGACCAAAAUAGUUAAAAAAGGUUGUUUCAAAGACCCAUCAAGAGAAGACAGAACACUACCGGAAUUAUUGGCCAAUUUUAGAGAUAAAAUAGAUUGGAACGAAUGGAAAAAUUUUUUAGAUACAUUUUCAUGCGAAUGCGCUAAACAAGCGAGAAAAAAGGAUUACCGCUACUUUGGUUUGCAGUUUUAUGGAGAAUGCUGGUCAGGAAUGCACUCUGAACGCUUAUUUUCUAUCAAGAAACCUAGUCAAUGUCUUGGGUAUGAAUACAAGACGUGCGAAGAUUCCACAAACAGCGCGUGCACUGGUGGAGGAGGAUAUAAUUACGUCUAUGAAAUUGUGUAUGAAGAAACUGAAACAAACCUUUGCGAGGAGCUCUCUCCUUGUGUGAAUGGUGAGUGCGUUUCAACUGGGGAUUCGUACAUGUGUGAUUGCUUAUCUGGGUAUGAAGGAGUGAAUUGUGAUACUCUUAUUGAUAAUGAUGAUUGUGCUAACAGUCCAUGCGUAAACGGGGAAUGUAUUGACGGGAAAAAUUCAUAUGAAUGUAAAUGUUCGCCUGGUUAUAAUGGACAGAAUUGCGAGAAAAACAUCGAUGAUUGUGCUAACAGUCCAUGCGUAAACGGAGAUUGUAUUGACAAAGUGAAUUCAUAUGAAUGUAGAUGUACACCAGGUUAUAAUGGGCAGAACUGCGAGAAAAACAUCGAUGAUUGUGCUAACAGUCCAUGCGUAAACGGAGAUUGUAUUGACAAAGUAAAUUCAUAUGAAUGUAGAUGUACACCAGGUUAUAAUGGGCAGAACUGCGAGAAUAACAUCGAUGAUUGUGCUAACAGUCCAUGCGUAAACGGAGAUUGUAUUGACAAAGUGAAUUCAUAUGAAUGUAGAUGUACACUUGGUUAUAAUGGGCAGAACUGCGAGAAUAACAUCGAUGAUUGUGCUAACAGUCCAUGCGUAAACGGAGAUUGUAUUGACAAAGUGAAUUCAUAUGAAUGUAGAUGUACACUUGGUUAUAAUGGGCAGAACUGCGAGAAUAACAUCGAUGAUUGUGCUAACAGUCCAUGCGUAAACGGAGAUUGUAUUGACAAAGUGAAUGCAUAUGAAUGUAAAUGUACACUUGGUUAUCAUGGGCAGAAUUGCGAGAAAAAUAUUGAUGACUGUGCUAAAAAACCAUGUCGCAAUGGUGGAAGAUGUGUUGAUAAAGUGAAUUCAUAUCAAUGCGUUUGUAAAAGUGGAUAUAAUGGAGCGAACUGUGAAACAAAUAUCAAUGACUGCGCAAAAACACCUUGUCGUAAUGGUGGAAGAUGUGUUGAUAAAGUGAAUUCAUAUCAAUGUAUUUGCAAACCUGGAUAUGAUGGAGUGAACUGUGAAACAAAUAUUGAUGACUGUGCUAAAAAACCAUGUCGCAAUGGUGGAAGAUGUGUUGAUAAAGUGAAUUCAUAUCAAUGUGUUUGUAAAACUGGAUUUAAUGGAGUGAACUGUGAAACAAAUAUUGAUGACUGUGCUAAAAAACCAUGUCGCAAUGGUGGAAGAUGUGUUGAUAAAGUGAAUUCAUAUCAAUGUAUUUGUAAAACUGGAUUUAAUGGAGUAACCUGUGAAACAAAUAUCGAUGAUUGUGCUAAGAAUCCAUGUCGUAAUGGUGCCAAAUGUGUUGAUAAAGUGAAUUCAUAUCAAUGUAUUUGUAAAACUGGAUAUAGUGGGGUGAACUGCGAUAGUGUGACCAUUAAACCGAAUUAUUGUAAGAACGCAAAUUGGUGGCACAGUUUUGAUAAAAAAGGAUGGUCAACUUGCAAUAAUAACAAGCUCUUUAUCACUGGAUUUUAUCGAAACAAAUUGGAUAAUUGGGACAAAGAUCAAAUUUAUCGACUCGAGGAGGCACGAUGUUGUUCAUCCAACUCACUUUAUCUAACACAAAGCAGCGAGUGUACGGAUGCAAAUUGGUGGGCCUCUCUUGACAAACCAAGCACUUGGAGUCUUUGCCCAAAAGGAUACUUUCUCAAUGGUCUUUACCGGACAUCGGGAAAUAACCUACAUAACAUCGAAGAGGGAAGAUGUUGUAAGCCUGUUACUCAUCCCAAGGACUACGGGCAUUGCUAUAACGAAUAUAUUCGACACGAAUUUGAUAAACGAGGAUGGACAAGCUGUAUGAAGACUGGUUAUUAUGUCGUGGGAGUGUAUCGUGAUCAUAACAAAGACUGGCUCCACGAUAUCGAUUACUUGAGGUGUUGUAAAAUGUCGACAGAUGUUGAUCAUUGUGCUAAAAACCCAUGUCGUAAUGGUGGAAGAUGUGUUGAUAAAGCGCAUUCAUAUCAAUGUGUUUGUAAAACUGGAUUUAAUGGAGUGAACUGUGAAACAAAUAUUGAUGAUUGUGCUAAAAAACCAUGUCGUAAUGGUGGAAGAUGUGUUGAUAAAGUGAAUUCAUAUCAAUGUGUUUGUAAAAGUGGAUAUAGUGGAGUGAACUGCGAUAUUAUUGUGACCGUUAAACCGAAUUAUUGUAAGAACGCAAAUUGGUGGCACAGUUUUGAUAGAAAAGGAUGGUCAACUUGCAAUAAUAACAAGCUCUUUAUCACUGGAUUUUAUCGAAACAAAUUGGAUAAUUGGGACAAAGAUCAAAUUUAUCGACUCGAGGAGGCACAAUGUUGUUCAUCUAACUCACUUUAUCUAACACAAAGCAGUGUGUGUACGGAUGCAAAUUGGUGGGCCUCUCUUGACAAACGAAGCACUUGGAGUCUCUGCCCAGAAGGAUACUUCCUCAAUGGUCUUUACCGGACAUCAGGAAAUAACUUACACAACAUCGAAGAAGGAAGAUGUUGUAAGCCUGUUAAUCAUCCCAAGAACUACGAGAAUUGCUAUAACGAAUAUAUUCGACACAAAUUUGAUAAACAAGGAUGGACAAAAUGUAUGAAGACUGGUUAUUAUGUCGUGGGAGUGUAUCGUGAUCAUAACAAAGACUGGCUCCACGAUAUCGAUUACUUGAAGUGUUGUAAAAUGUGGACAAGACUUUAACUGUUCUCCAAGACAAACAUUUAACUCAAACUGGACGGCUGAAGGCUGGAAAUGUAGAAAAAACUGGUGUAGUAGGGUCAUAGUAAUAGUCGAAAUAAAUAUAGUUGAUG